ACAUAUAAAAAUAAUCUAAUUUACUACAGAUCCGAAGGAAGAAAUCGAAGGAUGGCGAAGCUGGUGAUCUUCACCGUAGUUGUUAUCACCAUUUUCUCCUUUGGAGUCUCCGUUGAUGACAAAUGUUCUGCUUGCAACGCCGUCGCGGAGGAAUUGGAGUCACAGCUUUUGAAGGAAAAACCACGAAACCAUCUUGAUUUGAGAAACAGACUCAAUUCUAAAGGCCAGCGUGAGGGAAAAGUUAUUGAUUAUAGAAUGAGCGACCUGAGGGUGGUUGAUUUGCUGGACGGUCUGUGUGAUAGAAUGCAGGACUAUACUCUACAAAAGGUUGAAUCUAAAAAUAGAGAAUGGGUCAAAGUGGAAAGUUUUGACAAUCUAACAAAUAAACAAGAAGCUAAAGCGCAUGCAAAUGACAUUUCAACUUAUUGCGGAAGAUUGCUGGAGGAAACGGAAGAUGAGCUUGCUGAGGUAAUAAAGAAUGGAUCACUAAAAGUAGGAGAUGCCCGCAAGGUUCUGUGUCAAACUUUAAGUAACCACUGCAGCAAAUCAAGUGAAACAGAUUCAGAAGAUGAGGACGACGACGAUGCAGAUGAAUUAUAGCCCAUUCCAGGGAAAUCUCACACCACUUAUUUUACCAACAAGGUCGCACUACAAAGACAUUUUUUACUCAUAUGUGGUUUAGACACCUUUUCAGCUCUUAUGUUCCAUCGAUAAUCCGUUCUAGAAAACUUAAUGAGACUGUGACAGCGUUCUGUUUUAGAACUUUUUUCUCGAAGACAUUUAAAUUAGCUAACCAGAAUUAUGAUACCAGUCUAAAUUAUAUAUUAAAAUAUAAAUUAAACCUA